AUGACCGUCCGAGACGCUCUUAAUACUGCUAUGGAGGAGGAGAUGAUCAGGGACGACAAGGUUUUCAUUCUCGGUGAAGAGGUUGCCCGCUACAACGGCGCGUACAAGGUCACGAAAGGCCUGCUCGACAAGUUCGGUGAGAAGAGGGUGGUUGAUACGCCCAUUACCGAGAUGGGUUUCGCGGGUAUUGCAGUUGGCGCCGCACUCUCUGGUCUCCGUCCCAUAUGCGAGUUCAUGACGUUCAACUUCGCCAUGCAGGCCAUUGACCAGAUCGUGAACUCGGCCGGAAAGACAUACUACAUGUCCGGCGGGAACGUCCCCUGCCCUGUCGUCUUCCGUGGUCCGAACGGUGCCGCCGCUGGUGUCGGCGCUCAGCACUCGCAGGACUACGCGUCGUGGUAUGGUCAGAUUCCCGGUUUGAAAGUCGUCAGCCCGUGGAGUGCGGAGGAUUGUAAAGGUCUGCUCAAGACCGCCAUUCGUGAUCCUAAUCCCGUCGUGUUCCUGGAGAACGAGAUGCUCUACGGUGUUUCGUUCCCCAUGUCUGCCGAGGCCAUGUCCGACGAGUUCCUCCUCCCCAUCGGCAAAGCCAAAGUCGAGCGUGAAGGUUCCGACGUCACCCUCGUCGCGCACAGCAAGAUGGUCACGCACUGUCUCGAGGCUGCCGACAUUCUCGCUAAGGAGGGCAUCAAGGCCGAGGUCAUCAACCUCCGUUCUAUCCGCCCACUUGACAUCGACACCAUCAAGGCUUCCGUUAAGAAGACCAACCGUCUCGUCACCGUCGAGGGUGGAUUCCCCGCUUUCGGUGUCGGUUCUGAGAUUUGCGCUCAGAUCGUUGAGAGCGAGGCUUUCGACUACCUGGAUGCCCCAGUCGAGCGUGUCACCGGUGCCGAUAUCCCCACACCCUACGCCGCCAACCUCGAGGCACUCGCCUUCCCCGACACCCCACUGAUCGUCAAGGUCGCCAAGCGCGCUCUGUACCGGACGAACUAA